AUGAUCAGAGAUGCCUGGUUGCUAUCCUCAGCCCUACGAGACGACUCAACGACUGCGCAGCUCCAACACUGGCACAAGGAAUUGGAGCUCUGGGAGAUAUGCAGGGCGAGAACUGAAUUGGAGACGAGACUGGCGGAACUAGAGUCAAGAGGAAACAAGUUGACCCAGUCUUUAGAAGAGGACAAAACUUGCCCGUCAUUCCAUACCGAUGAAUUAUGGCUCAAGGCGAUACCUCAAAAUCACACGCUUGCAAGGGCUGAGAAUGAAAUAGCGGGGGGAUUGGUCAAUGAUAGCGAGAGCACUGACUAUGGCUCAAUGCCUUAG